UCAUUUUAGCCACAAUCACAAAUAAAAAGAACCUAGAAACACAGACACACAUUCUCUCUCUAAGAACACACUUAUCUAUAUAAAAAAAUAGCCAUUAUCAUUACUAAGCUUUCUCUCUCUAAAGCUCUCUUACAUUUCUUCAUGGCUUCAAUUUCACCUCCAACUCCUCACAAACUUUCCUUCAAAAAGCACAAAUUUCUUCCGAGAAAAAGACAAUUUUAUCCUUCUUCUACUUCAUCAUCCAUUUAUUCUACUCCGUCCCUCUGUCGCUGCUCCACUAAUGCCUCUGAUGAUAGUUCGUCAUCUUCAAUUCAGUGGCCAUGGAACGCACCGUUUCAAGGUGUAAUUGGAAGCGCAAUGAAAAAGAUUGAAUCUUUCUUCAAUAAUAAUGAUAAAAAAGAGGAGCAUAGUGGAAACAAUAGAGAGAAAGAUGAAAUAAGUGAAGAAGAUAAUUGGGAUUGGGAUCGAUGGAGAAAGCAUUUUGAUGAAGUUGAUGACCAAGAGCGAAUCGUCACCGUUCUAAAGUCACAGUUAGGUCAUGCUGUGAAUAGAGAGGAUUAUGAGGAUGCGGCUAGGCUCAAGGUGGCAAUUGCAGCUGCAGCUACAAAUGAUGUGGUUGGCAGAGUGAUGUCACAGCUGAAUAGAGCGGUAGCAGAAGAGCGUUACCAGGAUGCAGCUCUGUUGCGAGAUAAUGCUGGUGCUGGAUUGGUGGGAUGGUGGUCUGGCAUGUCAGAAGAUGAACAUGAUCCUUAUGGUUUGAUUAUACGUAUUACUGCAGAGCAUGGAAGAUUUGUGGCAAGGAGUUAUAGUCCUAGACAGCUUGCCACAGCUGCAGUUGGUAGCCCUGUUUUUGAGAUCUUUCUUACCAAGAAUAAGAAAGGCGACUUCAAGCAGCAGGCUGUGUAUUUAAAAAGGAAGGGACUUUCCCAAGACCCUUCAACAGUUUCCUCUAAAGCACCGGGUGCACCCAGCCGCAUGAAUCCACCAGGUCCAACUGAAGAAAAAAGCGAUUUAUUUGUGGUGAGCACUGAAGAUACUGACGAUGGUGAUGAGACGGAAGAUGGUUCUGAUAUCGCUGAGGGACUGCCUGGAUUUCAGAAUAUCUUGCGAGAUAUGGUUCCUGGAGUAAAGGUCAAGGUUUUGAAAGUGACAACAUCUUCAAAGGUAGACAGGGACUUCAUAUCUAAAGUGAUAGAACAGAUAAUGGAUGAAGAAGAUGAAGAGGAGGAUACCGAAUUACAAAGUGUAGAAGCAGAAGAUGAAAGUAGUGGUGAAAGUGACCAAGAAAAAGAUGAGAUUGAAAUGGAUGCUGUUCAUGGAAUUAUAGAGGACGAUGGACCGAGUGAAAUUUCAGUUAAAGUUGUUGUUGGAGGUCUUGCUCAGAAAUUUCCGGGAAGUGUCCCUUCAAAAGAGUCGCUUAGAGUGCCUGCUAAGCUAGAGAAAAAGGGAAGGUGGUCAUUUUCAUUUUCAAUCGAGAAAGAUGUCAAUCAACAGGAUCCUGGUGCCAAGGGAGCAGCCUCAGUGGAUAGAAAAGCCAAGUUGCAAGGUCAACGCAGUGCAGAUAGCAUUAUGUUGGAUCUCGCCAAGUUCAUUGGCCAGGAGAAGAUACCCAUGAAGGUACUCAAAGAUGUCAGGGACUUGAUAAAUUUUACCCUCAGUCAGGCUCAAAACCGGCAACCACUUUCUGGAUCAACAACUUUCCAUCGGAUUGAAACAUCAGCAUCACCAGAUCCUCUAAAUGGACUAUAUAUUGGGGCACAUGGGCUGUACACCUCAGAAGUCAUACAUCUGCAGCGUAAAUUUGGUCAGUGGCAAGAUGAUCGUGGGACCAAGGAACCAUCUAAUCUAGAGUUCUAUGAAUAUGUAGAAGCUGUAAAACUAACUGGAGAUCCAUAUGUACCUGCCGGCCAGGUAGCCUUUCGUGCUAAGGUUGGAAAAAGAUAUCAGCUACCUCAUAGAGGCAUUAUUCCUGAAGAAUUUGGAGUGAUUGCUCGGUAUAAAGGACAAGGAAGGCUGGCUGAGCCUGGUUUCCAGAAUCCUCGAUGGGUUGAUGGUGAACUUGUUGUUCUUGAUGGAAAGUACAUCAAAGGCGGCCCUGUUGUGGGGUUUGUAUACUGGGCUCCUGAAUAUCACUUCUUGGUGUUCUUCAAUCGCCUGAGGCUUCAAUAACCGAUGUUUCUGUACAUAGUUUUCAGGAUUAGUUAUUCACAAUUUGUAUUUCUUGAGGAAGUUUUCCUAAUUAGGUUACUUGUGACAACGUUUUGCAGUCUCAAAUGGAAAUGAUAUUUAUUAUCAGCAUGUUCUUCAACUUCACCAACACUAGUAGAUUUUGGUGUUGCAUUCUGGCCACAUUUCCAUUCUCGCCCAACUAACUGUUGCGUAUUCACCCAGUGAAUUCAACUGGAGAAGCUUGGAGAUUCAGUAGAUGUUCAGUCUUUCUACUGCAUAUUCUUUUAGAGAUGACUUUUCCAGCAGUAUGCGCUAAUCCUUUUUGCUCCACUCUUUCAAUUCCUAAAUAUUUAGCGCUCGUCUGAGUUAUGAUACAGCGGAAGUUUCGUAGCUUCAACUAGAAUUUCUUUUUCAAAUCCAGAAUUACUACGCUAUAGUAGUCGAUGGAUUUGGCUGGACAUGUGCGAUUGCUGAUGUAAAAAGAUCAGUGCAGUUAAGGACUUGUGGCAAGGCUUGUUUCUGAUAGUAACAGUUGUAGAAUGAGCUUGUUUUGCUCGAUUGCUCUGUAAUUAUUUAAUUUGUUUCAAUGCAAGAAUGGAAUGCAGCUUUAACCUGUUA